CUGCAGUUGCUCCUCGCUGGCGCGCUCGCCUGAUGCGCAGCGCCUCCCCAACUUGCCCUCACUUUGACGAAAUCAUCUUUAGAGGUCUGCUGGAUGCCUUCUUGCUCGUAAAGAUGAGCAUUUGAAUAUUUCAGAAGUUGAACAGCUCUACGUGUGCUUUAUUUUCCCUCCGUGUGUGGACUGUCAGAUUAGCGCACAAUGGUUUUUGGGUCCUUGUGGAGCUUUUUGCUUUUGUCUUGCAUGUUUCUCUUUCACCCGAAGAUCGGAGCUCAAGGGGAGAUAAGUUCUACUAAGUCGCUCGACCGAUUUUAUCGUUUGGAGGUAACGCCGGGGGACGCACCUGUGACCAAAAACCCAGCUGGGAUCAAAGUGAAACAAAAAGUCGAUGAAAGGUCUGAAGUUUUCAGCAGUUUGGAAGCGGAACCAGCCGCUGUCUCUAAAAGCAAUGAAAAUCAGGUGGAGAAUAAAACACUGAGUGGAAAUAUCACUCAAUAUCGCAGCUCGCCAAAUUAUGAAAGCGCCCCAACAAUACCUCUGGAAAAGUAUUCCAACAUUUCUAUGGAUCCACCGGCGGCUAAUAAAACGACCCAACACACAUUUUCCGAUAAAGAAAGGAAGAUUAAAAGGAGUGUUGGUGCGUCAUACACCGAAAACAUGGACAGGAGUGUAUGUGGAGGAGCGCAGAGAAGAGAGGGGUUCUUGGAAACGGUCCAAGGUGCGUCCAACUCCAGAGCCGAGUGCGGUCGCACUAGGCAGGAAGCCAGAGGGUUAAACCCGAGGCAAAGUGAGCCCUACUUGGACACUUCUACUUUUGUUUUGUCGGGGGACGCGGCACACAACCAAGCGAUGGUGCACUGGUCCGGACACAACAGCAGCGUAAUUCUGAUCUUGACUAAGCUAUACAACUUCAACUUUGGGGCUGUUACUGAGAGCUCACUCUGGAGGUCUACUGAUUAUGGCAGCACCUACACCAAACUCAAUGACAAAGUGGUUUCAAGAACAGUAUUAAGCUACCUGUACGUGUGCCCUACCAACAAAAGGAAGAUAAUGAUGCUUAGCGACCCAGAGGUAGAGAGCGCUGUUCUCAUCAGUUCAGAUGAAGGGGCUAGCUUUGAGAAGUAUCCCAUUAACUUCCACAUCCUGAGCCUCCUCUUCCACCCCACAAAUGAGAACUGGAUACUGGCUUACAGUCAUGAAAACAAGCUCUACAGUUCCAUGGAUUUUGGGAGGAAAUGGCAGCUCGUUCACGACAACGUGAUGCCCGGCAGAUUCUACUGGGCGGUAAUGGGGCUGGACAGAGAAUCAGAUGUGGUCCACAUUGAGGCGCUCAUCGAAAAAGGCCGCGCUCAGUACGUCAAAUGCAGAGCCCAGAGAUGCUCAGAGGGCAGUAGACAGUAUCUCUUCCCUGGAUAUGUAGACACCAACUCACUAGUCGUACAGGACGAAUACGUUUUUACACAGGUGACCAAGUCUGGACGGCCCAGAUACUUUGCUUCCUUCAUGAGGGAAUCCUUCAAGGAGAUGAAAUUACCAAAAUAUUGCCUUCCAAAGGACAUGCAUAUCAUCAGCACAGAUGAGAAGCAGGUAUUUGCAGCUGUCCAGGAGUGGAAUCAGAACAACACCUACAGCCUGUAUAUCUCAGACUCCCCUGGGGUCUACUUUAUCCUUUCAUUAGAGAAUCUGAGAACCAACAGAGGACCUGCCGGUAACCUACUGGUCGACUUUUAUAAGAUUGAGGGGAUAAAUGGCAUGUAUCUUGCCAACAAAUUGGUGGAUAAUCACAUCAAAACCUUUAUCACAUACAACAAGGGACAAACCUGGGCGCUGCUGCCAGCUCCUGCCACCGACAUAGCUGGAAAUAACCUUCGCUGCUUUCUGCCGUUCUGUUCGCUGCAUCUUCAUCUGGAGAUGUCAGAGAAUCCCUACACAUCUGGACCCAUUACCAGCAAAAAGUCGGUACCAGGAAUUAUUAUUGCCACAGGGAAUAUUGGAACAGAACUCUCCUCCACCAACCUUGGGAUGUUUAUAACAUCUGAUGCAGGAAAUAGCUGGAGACAGAUUUUUGAUGAAGAGUACAAUGUUUGGUUUCUUGACAAUGGAGGGGCUUUGCUGGCAGUGCUACAUGCUGCGACGCCGAUUCGCCACGUUUGGAUCAGUCUAGAUGAAGGUAAAAAAUGGGAUCGCCACAGUUUCUCUUUGGCACCUCUGUAUGUGGACGGAGUUUUAAUGGAGCCGGAGUCUGGCAAUCAUAUUAUAACAUUCUUUGGACACUUUGGCCAGCACUCAGAGUGGCAGCUCAUCAAGAUAGACUAUAAAGGCCUCUUUAAUAGGAAAUGCAUGGAUGGAGAUUAUCAGACUUGGUACCUGCACAACAAGGACGAGCUGUGCGUGAUGGGCGAGAAGCAGAUUUACAUGAAGCGCCGGCCGGGGAACCGCUGCAUGCUGACCCAAGACUAUUCCAGGAUCUAUUCCUCCGAGCCGUGUCUCUGCACAGCCUUUGAUUUUGAAUGUGAUUACGGCUGGGAACGUCAGGCCGAUGGGAAGUGCUCUCCUGCUUUUUGGUUUAAUCCGAAAGGUGCGGCUAAAAGCUGCAGCACCAGCCAAACCUUCCUUAACAGCACUGGGUAUCGAAAGGUUUUAUCCAACAACUGUAAGGAGGUCGAAAGGAACGUGUACUCCCCCAAAAGGGAGGCUUGUCAUCCCAGAGCCCCUCGAGGCCUUCGCCUGACCACCAGUCACGGAGAGCUGAGCGCCACCGCCGGAAGCAAUGUUACUUAUAUGAUCAGCUUGGACGAAGGAGAGUCGCUGAGCACCAGCAUCCAGCUCGACUUCGGAGACGGCAUCAAGAUCACAUACUCUAACCUGAGCAGGACCAGUGAUGGCAUCAAGCACAUCUACAGAACGACUGGGAUUUACCGAGUGACAGCUUCGGCAGAAAACAGCCAGGGAUCUGACAGCAGCGUGCUGUUUUUGCACAUCACCAGUCCAGUGGAGCGUAUAUAUCUCUCCGCUCCUAUUGUGACCAUCAGGGGGAAGGCAGCUAAUCUCACUGCAGUGGCUUGGCCAAGCCACUCCAGAACUCUGACCUUCUUCUGGUGGUUCGACAACAGCUCCGAGCCCAUUAUAACCUUGGAGGGAAGCAUCUCGCACACGUUUCACAGAGUGGGAAAAAACAAGGUCACUCUCCAGGUUGCUUGUGGAAGCACAGUAAUGCAAGACUCGAAAGUCAUAACUGUUAGAGAGUUCUUCAGGUCCCUGCUGUUGUCGUUUUCUCCAACUCUUGACGAGCACAACCCUGACAUAUCUGAGUGGAGGGAGGACAUAGGCCGUGUGGUGCGGACAGCUCUGUCACAGCAAGUGUCUGGAGUGCCCGAAGAUCAGCUGCUGGUGUCAUUGUACCCAGGGCUUCCAACAACUGCAGAGCUCUUUAUUCUGCCAUAUGAGCACACGUACAGUGAGCACAAGAGAAGCAGCGAGGAAGACCUGCAGACAAUAUCAGAUAUUUUUGUUUCUGCUUUGAACCAAGGCCUGGUCCAGUUUGAGCUGAAACCUGAUGUUCACAUUAUUAUUUACAUGACUCAGCAAACCCUGGCACCUCUUGUGCAUUCAAACUCCAUCCACAGUGGGUCGGCCAUGUUGAUGUUGCUCACUGUGGUGUUUGUCGGUUUAGCUGCAUUUUUUAUCUACAAGUUUAAAAGGAAAAUCCCUUGGAUCCAUGUACAGACUGAGGACACCCAUGAGAAGGAGCCAGAGGUCAUAAGCACAGUGGGCCAGAGUGACGCCAAGUCCAAGGUCAAGCUCAGUGAGUUCCCCUCUCAGAAGGAGCUAAUGGAGAAAGAGCUGGAGAGCAGGAGCAGAGGGGGAUUUGGAAGAAAUAUGGAGAGAAUUGUCACCAGAGAAUUCCCAAACUGUACUAACGUGUAACACAAAUGGAUUCUGGAGGAAAAGUACAACUUGUUGUCUUUCACUUGUGAUGUCAUCAUUUACUUUGGCUUUAUUUAUUUAUUUGUAUGUUUUAUGCAAACUGAUGUUCUUGUUAAACGUAAAGAGUUCCGCUCACAGGUGGCAGAGUGGGCAGUGUGACAGCAUCUGGGAUUAACAAUCCUCCACUUCGAUGCGGGGUCACACAUGGUUAUAAAUACUUUCAUAGUUUGUACAUUUUUUCUAACAUUUUGAUUAUUUACACAUCAGUGUAACACAGAAAGUAUGGAAAUUUGUGUCUGGUAGAUCAUUUCUUUGCUGUGUCAAUGCUUCUUUGCAAUUAAUCUUUUGCUUUUGUGGAACCUGGUUAUAAGAUUAAAUGGUCCCAUAUUUGAGUAGAACAUGCAGAUUAGCAGCAGAUUAAUUAAAAUGCACCCAAUUAAAUGUUUAAAAUCAGAUCCCACAAGUGUUCAUUGGGGAUUCAAGAUUGCUGUUACAUCUUUUCUUCUUGUCAAAUCCCAAAUUCUGGAGGUAGUCUCUGAGAAGAUAUCCUCUGUGGUGUGGUAUUUGUCAUCCAAAUAAUAGGUUCAUGCCAAAAGAGAUUCUGGGGUCAAAUUUGCAACCCGCUGCCACUCUUGACGCGCGUAAAAAUUUGCUGCUUGACACUAAAAUGUGUUCAUGAAAUUGAAGCUCCUAAAGUGUGUGGGAGGAGCUACUGAGAAGGAGAUUUUAGCCAUACAUACACAAUACAUGGAAGAUACUGAGAGAUCAAGCGGAUUUAUUUUGGAGAGCUCUACAAAAGGAUCGGCAAACACGUCCCCGUGUCUGGUUUCCUGGGAUCAUUCAGAGACGCUCACGGUACGGUGAGCUUCACUGCGUUUGAAUUUCAUCGAUACUUCUGCCUCUCUGUGACCCAAUUUCACGACUUGCUUGCUUAAGUUCGAGCCUGGAAAAAAUAUAUUUUUAUUAAUGUCUCGUUGCGAACAAGAAAAAUAUAAAGUUCAGGUGGAGUCCAAAAGCCACAUGGAGGAGAAUCUGAUUGUUCUCCUCCAUGUGGCUUUUGGACUCCACCCGCUGAUCGCGUCAUCAACCCAUUACGGGUCAAAGCUUAGUCCUUAGGGGUUGACGCAACAUGAAUUCUUCACCGAAGUUUAGAUAUUUGAGUCUAGAAACAUUCGAAACGCGCUGCUGCUAGACCGGCGCCCUGCACCUGAUGCUCAAAAACGCCCUGCAGGACCUCUGAUCACAUCUGUACAUUGACUUCACAUUGAAGCUGGACACCCCUGAUGCACAAAUUCAAGUUGGUGCGAGUUAGUUUUAGAAAAUAGAGUUCAGUCGCACACGGUAGCAAUAUGGGAAUGUCGCUGGUUGAAGAACCUCAUCCAGAUUUCUUUCUACCUUUAAUGAUGACAAAGUCUCACUUUUUGAAUGAGUGAGCGCCACACCACACCAUCAUACUGCUUCAAUCCAUGCAUUGUACUUUGUUGUUGCAGCAAUCAGAUUAGCAUUCUUUGCUUCUUUUUCACAUUUUGACCUUAUAUUAAGACUACCAUUGGCAGAUUCUUAACUUGUCGCUGAACAAUAAUAGUCUAAAUAGUGGAGGACAGUCAUGGCAGGCCUCCUUGAGAAUUGAGAAUGGAUUCCAGUUUGUCCUAUAUUGUGUUGGCAUUUUUUUUCUCGGCCCCGACUGUAAUUUUGGCACCUGACUGGCAGCACCUGGAGGUACAAGAAACUCACAACAGGAGUCAAUAGCAUUAGGAAAAUAAGAUGUUUUGCAUAUGCAGAAAAGAUUUGGCAAAUUAUUCAUGGACGCAACCCACAUCUCCAGCUGCUCAUCUCACAAAUGUGUGUUCCUUACACGUGUCACCCUGUGAAAAAAAAAAAAAAAAGCCUUUCUAACAGAGAUUUAUUGACAUAAUGCUUUGCAACAACAAAAGAAAAUAAUCUACCAAUCACACAUUUUCCUGUUUUUGAGCUAAAUGUAUGCAUUACUAUGUCACAAUAAAAGUACAGCAAACUGUACUUUAAAAAUGAAUGACUGUAUGUUUGAAUGUCAGUUAAUGUAAUAUGAAAAAAUAACACAAAUGAUCUUAGAUUAUUUAAUACUUAAAAUGAGUAGACCUGAUUCUAGUUGGUUUAAAGUUCCAAUAAUUGAUUAUAACGACUUUCCACUGUACAUGACAUGUUGAGAAUGGUUCUCCUGUUUUCAUGUCCUGUCAUCGUACGAGUUAAGGCCGUGAAGUCUCUCAAAUACUUUUGUUUCAUUCGUUGGUUUUUUUAACUGCCCUUUUUUUUAAAUUUACAUUUGAACAGAUGUGAAAAAGAAGACCCAUCCAGGCCUGCCUCCAUGACAGGACACAAUUGUAGAUUUUUUGUCCCAUUACCUUGAAUAUUUUUACUGCUUCAAUAAAAUAAGGUUUUUAUGUUGUAAAUAUAGAAUACAUGUGUACAAAUGUUAGAAUCUGACAGCUGUGAAUGCUUGAAGACACACACAGUAUAUAUAUCAUAUUGUGGUUUAAAUGUCUGGAGGUUUUCAUAGCUCUUUCUUAAACAACAAAAGUCUGGCCUUAUUGGCAAUAAUGUUGCCAAAUUGUAAAUAAAAUACGAUACAACUGUU